AUGUGCAGCCCUGUCCGGUUCUCGGCGGCCGUCAAGGCCCUCUUAACCUAUUCGCCCAACAAACGCCGCCUCCGCACUACGGCCAUCCAGUGGACAUCUCUCCUUGAGGUCGGCCCUCACGCUGCGCUUAAGGCGCCUCUGGUCCAAAUUAUGGAGGAGAUCGACAUCAAACUGCCGUCGCAGCUUCCCUACACAUCAGUUUUGGUUCGGAAAGAGAGCGCCACCACCACGGCCCUCAAAGCUGCCGGCCAUCUGUGGGGCUUGGGAUACGCCGUGGCCCUUGAUGCCGUCAACCGCGAGGUGGCCACGACGGCCAAGAAGCCGCAGCCUGUCGCCGACCUUCCGUCAUACCCUUGGAACCACGACAACAGCUAUUGGUUUGAGGCCGCCGCAGCAAAGGAGCAGCGGCUUUUGGAGCAGCCCCGCACCGACUUGCUGGGCGUGCCCAUUGAGAACGACAACCCGUUCGAGCCGCAGUGGAGGAACUUCCUGAGUGUGCGCGAGAAUCCGUGGGUCGAGGACCACAAGAUCACGGGCACCACUCUUUAUCCCGGCGCCGGCUUGCUCAUCAUGGUCGUUGAAGCCGUGCGCCAGAUAGUAUCCAAGGAUGUCGCAGCCGUCGAGGGCGUCGAGUUCCACGACGUAAGCUUCGACCGCGGCCUUGUCAUCCCGAGCGAGGGUGCUGUGGAAACGAGACUGAGCAUAUCGAAAUCGACCGCGGCGGACCUCCCCCAUUCCUUUGUCGUCUUUUCGAGGGUUGGCGAUGGCCCCUGGGUCCGACACUGCUCCGGCUCCUUCUACAUCAUAUACAAAAACCCUUCGAUGACUUUUGGCGAGGGCCUCGCAGGGUUGGAGUGGAACACAUACGUCGAAACGUACCAAAAGCUGCAGUCGCUUCCUUCUCAAGAAGUCGACGUCGCAAAGCUUUAUAAGAACCUCGAUAAACUCGGCAUGGGCUACGGUCCCACAUUCCAGAACCUAUCAAGUCUGGCCGCAUGCACACAAAACGGCUCGUGUGAUUCUUGUUACGGCACAAUUAAAGUGCCGGAUACAAAGAGCGUUAUGCCGUUUGAGUAUGAGUAUCCUCACCUCAUUCAUCCAGCCACACUUGACGCCAUCUUCCACUUGAUGAUCGUCGCCGUAGGUGGAGGUCCAACCAUGACCGAGGCUGCAGUGCCCUACCGGAUGGAGAAGCUGUACAUCAAUUUUGAUCUUCCCAACGGUGCAGGUGCUCUUUUCUCUGGCUAUGCCCAGAAGACUGUUCUGGAUGACGGUUCGAUGGCGGCCGACAUGAUCGCUACCGAUAUGACCUGGGCCGGGCCAAAGAUUGUUCUAAAGGGUCUGGUCCAUGCGCCAGGUGACUUCGGGCGAAGCUGA